UCGCCCCACCACAUCCAGUCGUGUUUCGAGCGCCAGAGCGCGAGCUUCGAAAGUGCUUGGUCGGUACCCGCGGUGAUCCGUGCGACACGUUCCUGUCAAAUUUCCAAAUAAAGUACGCGAGUGAUUUCGAAAUCGAAAACCUAACCUCUUGAAAUAAAUUGGCAAAACGAGUUUGUUCUGACUUGAACGGAUUAAUUAAAUAUCUCUGAUAAUCGAGGAUAAAGUCAAUCGCCCGAAAACAUUUGGUGACGUAGUUUUUCUCCUGAGUGCUCAAUACAGUGAUGGGGUCCUACUGAAGGCUCGCGAAAAGUAAAAAGUGCUCGAGAUGAAUUUGAGAUGUACGAUUUCGCGACAUUGCCUUUAAGAAUGUCAGCAGCAGUCGUGCGUGUGUCGUCGAAUUGAAGGCGCCUCCUUGGCAGCGAUAAUACGCCGGUUUAUGAGGUGUGAUCGGUCGUAAGGUUCAACGUUGUUACGAAUAUGGAGUCGGACACGAAUUGGCCGAGAAAGAGUCUCGAGGUGACGAUGCCUAAGAAAUUCCGUAGGGAAUCGUCUCGGAUGAACUGGAGCCGCAUAAACGGGGCUAUGUGCGUCCUCUGCUUCGCCAGCCUUGUUGUCUCUGGGAUUCUCGCCUACAGAGAGAUGCUGCUUGAGUCGAGGGUUGCGAAACUUGAGGCCCGUUGCCAGGCACAGGAAUCCGCUGAAGUUCUCGUUCAGAGGCUCAGGAGGGAAGUUCAGGAGCAACUUGAUGUGCGACGCGAGCAUCCGGAACAAACGACCGUAUUUAGGAUCAAGAGGGACGUAACCGAUUGCAACUGUCCAGCAGGUCCACCCGGGGAGCCAGGACCUCCCGGCAAAAGAGGCAAAAAGGGGAAGAAGGGUGAUCCCGGUGAAUCAGGUGCACCAGGUGUCGCCGGGACGCCGGGCAAGAACGGUUUUCCGGGGAGCAAAGGUGACAAGGGCGAACGCGGUUUUACGGGACUCAAAGGACUUCAAGGCUAUCCUGGGUUCCCGGGCCCCAUUGGUUUGGAUGGGCCGAAAGGAGAUGCUGGUCGACCUGGUGAGAAGGGACAGAAGGGAGAACUGGGAACUGGAUUUGAUGUAUUUUCUGCAGUGAAGGUCGAUGCACAGGGAAUGGCGUUAAAGAGGUCUGUGACGACGACGCUUCGCGGCGGCCAGUUCGGAUUUGCAGAACUCGUCGCUCUGAAGGGAGAGCCUGGUGAGCCUGGUCCACCGGGACCACGUGGUCCCCAAGGAUCAGAAGGACUUCGAGGACAGGACGGCAGACAGGGAAUCCAGGGAGAUGCUGGACCACCCGGUGAGAAGGGAGCGCCAGGACCCAUCGGUCCGAUUGGUCCUGUGGGACCACCAGGAGUUUCAGGACCAAAGGGCGAACCAGGUGAAUACGGACCGCCAGGAUUUCCAGGACUUCCAGGACAUCCCGGAAUACCUGGAAUUCCAGGCCGGAAUGGCACACGUGGCUUGACUGGACGACGUGGCGACAAGGGCGACAAGGGUGAUCGAGGAUUUACGACGUCAUUGAACGGCGAACAAUUCGCAACUGGCGUCAUCGAAGGCCCACCAGGUCCACCAGGACCUCCUGGGCCCCAGGGCGAGAAGGGAGAACUGGGUCCGACGGGACCACCCGGCCUGCCCGGUGAGAAGGGUCCCCGGGGGAAACAAGGGAAAAGGGGAUUCAAGGGGCAAAGCGGUUUGGCGAUGACGAGGGGUGUACCCGGCACUCCGGGUCCGAAGGGUGAACCCGGUGAACGGGGUUACCGAGGCGAGAAAGGCGCCAAGGGCGAUUUGGGUGCACCAGGACCUAAAGGAGAUCCUGGACCGCAAGGCUCGCCAGGAUUGGAUGGUAUCAGCGGGGAGGCUGGAAUUCAAGGUCCUCCUGGGUUACCCGGACUAUCUGGACCCAAAGGAGAGAAAGGAGAAUAUGGAGACAUUGGACCACCAGGUCUUAUGGGACCUCCUGGUUUGCCUGGUCCUCCGGGCUAUCCUGGACAGAAGGGUGAGAAAGGAGAAAAGAGCGAAUCGAAGUACAAAAAAUUGAGGCGGAGACAGGGUGAUGGCACAUUCGAAGUUAAUGCUGGCGAAGUGAUAACAGGACCACCGGGACCACCUGGACCUGCAGGUGUUCCAGGGCUCCAGGGUCCACCGGGUAUAAAAGGAGAUCGAGGACACGAUGGCGCCAAGGGUGAUCCUGGUGAAAAGGGCACUAAAGGAGAUCCUGGCCCGAUGGGACUGCCUGGUCCCAUGGGAUUGAGGGGAGAGUCUGGAAGGCCCGGGGAUGCCGGGAAACCUGGCACCAUGGUUGGCGCGUGGUGAUCUGACUAACAACUAACACACGAGAUAGGUACUACAAAGCCAACGACAAUAACCUAUCUAGUGCGCAACAUCCGGGACUUCCGGAACACGCAUAUUAGCCCACGUCUUUAAGCCGAGCACGUGUCGAGGCUAAAAUUAACCUAUCGAGAACGUUAAAUAUAUUUUGUCACACGUUUAACCGAUAUUGGCGCAGGUUAGGUAAUAAUUACAGAUUGAUACGCUCGCUGCAUGGCUACAUUGUAACUUACCUUGUUGUUCCCCAAAGAAAAAAAGUCAAAAAUACGGGAAGACGAAUCUCGAGGUGGAAUUCGGAACGCCUUAUAAGUCUCAUAAACUCGUUGCUUGAUUUCAAUUUCAUUCAACGUUAUCCCUUCGCUACCAUUCAAUUAUUUGUCAAUAAAUUUUAUCAGUGAUCCGUUAAAUAAAUUUAUCAAACAGGCAUUCCGUGUUCAACAUUGAGGCUCGAUAUAGUUUUGUUCCUACAGAGUGGAAUGGCGUGGUUUUUUUUUUCAAUAUUUUUCCAAUUGUACAUUUUGAAAGUUCAAAAGAACUGUGUCUGCUCCAAUGGGGGUUGCGAAUACUAUAGUCACCCGCAAAAAUUGAUCGCGACUGCGCAUCAGUGAGUUUAUCGUUAAUCGUAUUUAAGGUACUAGCGAUUUAUACAGUCGUGCACAAAAGUUCUUAAAACACGUGAACGUCGAAGAUUGAUGAAAAUGGCGAGUUGCGCAUACGAAUGUAAAUACUGUUCCCAAUGAAUGCGUAGAACAGUCGGUAUCCGAGUAACUUAGGGCUUCCAGGUGAACGACACUCGGCAUUAGAUACUUCGCAUACCAACAGAUCAAUAAUAUUCUUCGUAGUAAAAGAUCUAAUUUAAUUUUACGUUCACGUGGCUAAUAUGUUUGAUAUACAAUACAGUAUAUAAAAACUGUACUUUCCAAGAGUUUUCAUUCCGUCGAUAAUUUACAGUGAUGAAUAUUUUCAUUUUAUCGGAAGCCAAUUAAUUAUCUUUUCUUUUCUUUUCUUUUCUUGAGCUUUAAUGUAACGACAGUCUCUAGCAAGUAUUAUAGUCAUUAACAUUGUCGUAACAAGUACUUAACGCGCAAAGGUAUUUUAUUCUAUAUCGACGUGCUUCGUUUUUGUAGGAUUCAAGAUGUGUGUCCGCUUACGGGGAGCGCGUUAUUGUAAUAGAUGACGAAAAACAUAUUUCUCAUAAAAUCUAUGUGUAAGCGAUUGUUAGAUUAAAUGAAUCUUGGGGUCUAAAUCUGUACAUAAUAUGCAUAGACACAUUUGAUCGCAGUAUAUAUAAAUAUAUGCUUGUAUGCUUCUGACGCUAGUCAUGGAUUUGUUGAGAAAUAUGGUAAAAUUUUAUUUAGUUGAAAAAAAAAGACAUUUAACAUAGCCUAUAUAGGAUGACGGUAUAAAAGCGAAUGCGACAGAUAUAUUAGUGGUUUUUGUAUUUGGCGUUAAAAUGAAAUUUUCCUCACCUCGUUAUUUCAUAUGAAAAAUUAUAAAUUUCUCUACUUGGACAUUACGUUUUGCGAAAUUUCAUAAUUACCUAGAGAUAUACUUUUUGCGAAAAUCUUCCAAGAUCUUUAAGCACGAUGCGACGUUGUACUCGAACAGCAAUUAUCUCGUGUAAUUUGAUAGAAUGUCGGGCGCUUGCAAGGAAUUCGCACAAUCGAUAUUCUCGCGGUAAUUUCGCAUAAUUGCGCCGUCGACACCGCAUCGCGAGAAAAAGUGCACGUGAGAGCGGCUACUUCCGCGACGUUUGUCCCGCCGAAAGGACAAAACUGUAAAUAAACAUCCCCGUAUGCAGGUGUCGCAACGCGUGUGACAAUUUAACGAUCGUGCGAAUAAAUCCGAAUACCCAUUAGCAGUAAAAUAGCGUAAUCGAAAAAAAAAAGAGACAGUGACGUUUAUAAAGAUAAAUGUAAAUUGCGUUCUCUAGGGUAUUCAUGUACAAUUCUAAGAAACAACACGUGUGGUCAUACUGCUCGAGGAACAAAAUCACUGAAUCUCGUUGAAGGGAAAAGAAGAAAAAGAAAAAAACUUAAAUUGCCAAGAUAGUCAAUAUUUUCUUUGCAAUCUGCUCUCGCAUAACUAUAGAAAUAUUUUGAACGAUCCAAGAAAGACUAUACGCUCCCAAUUAAACGACUGCUACAUAACAGCGUCCCGUCUACUCGUGAUAGGCGACCAAUGAAUUCACGACAAAUGAAAGAAAAAGAAACCAAGAAAUAACAAAGACAGUGUGAGAGAGAAAGUAUGGUUUCAGGCAUUUCUAUAGAGAUAGAGAAAGAGAAAGAGAGAGAAUUGUAUGGGCUAAUUCUUAAUACUAAGGAAGUCUAAGAAGAUAAAUGAAAGAGAGAAUGAGAAAUAAUAACAAGAGAGGGGCGAGAGAGAGAGAGAGAGAGAGAGAGAGAGAGAGAGAGAGUGCGUAUGUGUGUCUGGCAAGUAAAAAUGAAUUACCUAUGUAUAGAUAUAUUACCCAGAGUCUUGAACGUCUUGCAAGCCGUGAUUCUUGAUAUAGGUGCAUAAACUAUACCUAUCCAAACACACGAGACUCCGUUUUGACCGUUCGGUAUGGAAAUAUUGACGUUAGCACGCCAAGAUCGUCGAUGUACUUAGAAGAGGCUUGUACAGAGCGGGAUGCUGUGCCAACACGCCUUAACGAGAAUCCUCUGAUCGGUGGCUAGAGAUAAAUGAGAUCCACGUCCAAAUAAGGACGUCGAUUGCGUUCCGAUGUUAAGCCAUUAGUUAACGUUAGUUAAAAAAAAAAAGAAGAAGAAAAAGAAAAAAGACGUACGAGUUACGAGAGUAAUGUAAUUAUAUUAGCUACUUUUAUAUAUUAAUGUUCAUUGUAAUUUAAGGUUACCGUAAAUGAAAUACUGACAAUUGUAAGGACGAAGGAGAGAGACUCGAUGAUUAUGCAAGUCUUUAUUAUUAUUAUUAUUAUUAUUAUUAUUGUGUAAGGGAAAUCGCGGAGAAGCCAUCCUUUCGAUCCUUCGAGGAUUACACGACGCACAUCGCGAUAAUUGUACACACACACACACAGACACACACGCAUACGGAUAACGUGACACGCGUGUUUACAUAAAUUAUAAAAAAAAAAAAUUACGUAACACACAGAGACACGUACAUCCCACUUGCGUAAUGUAAUCAAACAAUUUUUGUCGAUUUAGGAUUUAACGGUAAUUUAUAAGGAUUUUUAAAUGUUAAGCGAUAUAUUAAUAUGUGAAGUUGGGGGCUGGCGCGGUCCUUGAACUUUCGCGAUUAUAUAUAUAAAAAAAAAAAGCAUAUUUGUUAAUUAAGAUACGGCGUUCCAUAACCAAGAGACCGAUGUCCUUCGUAUUAUGAAGUCACUAACAAAUUUUUGUUUCAUGAUUAUCCUGAUUAAUAAACAGAAUGUGCAUGUG